CUUUGUGUGGCCGUGAGGUGAUCGGCCUAUCAGCGUCGUCGUUCAACCAGUACCAUAAGGUGCUCGCUCCAGUCAGACUCCGCCGCAGGCUGUGUCAGGAACGAGGCUAACACGCAUCCCUCCGCUGCCCUCCUCCUCCUUCCCUCCUCAUCUCGUCUCAGAUUGAGAUUCAGGCUCACGAGCAAAUAUUCUUCGCGGGCGUGAAAGCGAACGAAUUGCCGUCUUGGUGCUCAGGCUGCGUACACCGACAUGGAUCCUUACAAGUUUCGACCAUCCAGCGCUCACAACUCGCCCUACUUCACCACCAACUCGGGUGCUCCUGUAUGGAACAACAAUGCAUCUCUCACCGUUGGAGAACGAGGGCCAAUUUUGUUGGAGGACUACCACUUAAUUGAGAAAAUCGCCCAGUUCGACCGAGAGCGAAUUCCGGAACGAGUUGUGCAUGCUCGAGGAGCCUCGGCGAAGGGAUUCUUUGAAGUGACUCAUGACAUUUCUCACUUGACAUGUGCCGAUUUCCUGAGGGCACCAGGGGUACAAACACCCCUGAUUGUCCGGUUCUCCACUGUCAUUCAUGAGCGCGGAAGUCCUGAAUCUAUUCGGGACCCCCGUGGAUUUGCCGUGAAGUUCUACACGAGAGAGGGUAACUUCGACAUGGUGGGAAAUAACAUGCCCGUAUUUUUCGUAAGGGAUGGAAUGAAGUUUCCCGACAUGGUUCACGCUCUGAAGCCCAACCCUAAGAACCAUAUCCAGGAAAUCUGGAGGAUUCUCGAUUUCUUCUCUCACCACCCUGAGAGUUUGCACAUGUUUACCUUCCUCUUUGAUGAUGUCGGUAUCCCAUUGAACUACAGGCACAUGGAGGGUUUUGGUGUUCACACCUUUACCUUGGUUAACAAAGCUGGAAAGGCAACACUCGUGAAGUUUCACUGGUUACCAUCACAAGGAGUGAAAUGCUUGUCGCCCGAGGAAGCCGUCGUGGUUGGAGGAACCAACCACAGCCACGCAACGCAGGAUCUCACAGACGCAAUUGCAGCUGGUGAUUUUCCUGAGUGGAAGUUGUACAUUCAAACCAUGGACCCUGCCACUCAGAACAACUAUGACUUUGAUCCUCUUGAUGUGACUAAGGUUUGGCCCGAGGAGAUGUUCCCUAUGCAGCCUGUUGGACGUAUGGUGUUGAACAAGAACAUCGACAACUUCUUUGGAGAAAACGAGCAGCUGGCUUUCUGUCCUGCAAUUGUUGUUCCUGGUGUCUACUACUCAGACGACAAGUUGCUCCAGACCCGUAUCUUUUCUUACGCCGACACUCAGCGUCACAGACUGGGACCUAACUACCUCAUGCUGCCAGUGAAUGCUCCUAAAUGUGCUUAUCACAACAACCAUCACGAUGGUUCUAUGAAUUUCAUGCACAGAGACGAGGAGGUGAACUACUUCCCAUCACGUUUCGACCCAGUCCGACACGCGGAGAAAGUGCCAAUCCCUUCUCAUGUUCUGACAGGUCGACGUGAAAAGGUUAUGAUUGAGAAAGAAAACAACUUCGCCCAGCCUGGAGCAAGGUACAGAUCGUGGGCACCCGACAGGCAAGAGCGCUUUGUGAAACAAUGGGUGGACAACUUGUCGGAUGCUAGAGUCACACAAGAGGUUCGAAAUAUCUGGUUGGGUUACUGGGCACAGUGUGACAAGUCAUUGGGACAAAAGUUAGCCAGUCGCGUGAAGGUCACAUCAAGUAUGUAAGAACAGUUCUUUGGACUUCUGAAAGGUUGGCAAGGACGUCGUCGAUGGCGUCAUGUGAAUUCUUUGUUCAAAGCGAAGUGCUCUCGAACAUGAAAGUGUGGGCGUUAAGUUCCUGCUUUACUGUCAGAGGCCGUUGCCGAUAUAUAGUGGCCAUCAGUUAUUUGGAACGCUUGAAUAGUUGGUUUGAAUGCGACUCUUGUUGGUGGCUUAGUACAUAUACUGUAUGCAAUGUUUUUCCUGGCAUGUGAAUUUGAGGUAAAUGUAAUUAAACCUUUUGGCUACAAUACAAUGUGCUCUCUCGGAAAGUAGAGAAGUAAAAAGCACGGUUCAU